AUGUCUUCUGACCGUCAUGUAGACGUGGACCACCCGUUGAAGGGGCGUCUGGCAUAUCUGCCUGCACUACUAAGCCCAUCAGAACCACUCCAGUCUCCUCAGCAACCACCCGGAUCCGAAGAACCCUUUUCAGAUGCCGCGCAGGCUGUGCCACCAUCGCCUGUGGCUGGCUCGAAGAGGAAGAGGCCCCGUGCCGCAAGAGCGUGCGAGUUCUGCAGAGCCAAGAAGCAUCGAUGCGAUGAACUUCUUCCAUGUACGAGGUGCAGGAAUCGGAAUCGGGCGUGCAUCUACAAGGACGCGUAUCUCGCUCGGGACCGCUUCCACGCUCUUGCACGUCGUGAGCUUGACGGCACGCAAGCACCCAGCACGAGUAGCCCCCUCGACACAAUCGAUGAGGGCGUAAAUCUUGAUUGCACGUCGCACGACCAUGCAAACGAAGAGGUCAGCGAGAUCAAUCCUCACACCAUGAACACCGAGUUCCACGGCCCAACGUCAUCCCUGGCAUUCCUUGCGGCUGUUCAACAUCAUGCGCAUAAAGACGGCGCUCAGACGAACGAACAGCCACAGUCUUUGGUUUCCGCCUUCCACAACGAGUCAUUUACGCCGCAAGCCGCCCGGCGUAGAUCGACAGAAAUACAGUCGCCGUCUGCGGUCCGGUACCAUUUUCGCCAAUCGUGGUUCUUCCUAGAUGGAUAUUUCCAGAACCUGCAUUUCAUCCAUCCGAUCAUUUCUCGAGAGGACUUCUUCUCAAAGUGUGAAGAUCUAUGGUUCGGCCGAUCUGAAAGUCCACCUUCAGGCUUCGUGGCUCUGUACUACUCCAUUAUGAGUCUCGGUGCUAUCAUUCAAGAAUGGGAUGAAGAGACUCUUGAUGGGAUGGGCCGAUUUGAUUGGGCUAGGAAGAUGUUCCAUCUAGCAUCUGCCGCUUUGGAACUGACACCAAGUCAUAAUGAUCUGCAGACUGUCCAAGCUUGCCUCAUUAUGGCGAAGGUGUGCCAGAACGAAUUGAAUCCUCACCUGGCUUACUUGUAUCUCGGCAGAGCAGUACGAACCGCGCUCUCGGCAGGCUUCAACCGAAGACCACGACUGAGUCCUACGGCUGGACGACCCGAGGCACAUUCUGACAUUGCCAGAACCUGGUGGGGUCUAUAUUCAUUGGAGAUCGAGAUGAGCUUCGCCCUGGGUCGCCCUGACUCUCUCGGACUAGACAUCUACCACAACCAGACCAUGCCUGCUGUGGACGAGACGGAACAUGCUAUUCUUGCAGCAAUGGUUGCCUUCGCCCGCCUGGUCCGGAAGGUGUCGGUCUCAAUAUACGCCUCUGCUCACUCUACCUCUGAGAGGCUGACAAUAGCUGCCGAGAUCGAAACCGAAAUGGACGCCUGGCUCGAGUCCGUGCCCAGCAUCAUACGCCCGGCCUUUCAUGGUGAACAAUCCUACACAAUGAUCAAGGAACCGAAAUGGGCGAAAAAGCAGAAACAUACCUUGAAAUUCCGAUACCUUAACGUCAAGAUGGUGCUCUAUCGACCCUUUCUCCUGCAUGCUGCCGCGACAGAAGGUCUACCAGACCCCAUACUUCAGACAGCGGUGGACAAAUGCGUUUCCUCGGCACGAGCCACCAUUCAAUUGAUGCAUCAAAUGUACUGUGAGCUCCCCUAUUUCCGCACAUGGUGGUACAACGUCACCUACACCUUAUACGGGGCGUCCAUUAUUCUGUGCUAUUUAUCCAGGUUGGCCCGGAAGGACGAGAGACAGGACUUGCAGAAGCAUAUCGACCUGAGUAUCAGCGUUCUGGAUGCCAUGGAGGAUCACGUUGUUGCCAGAAAGGCGGGUGCCGUCUUACGGGAGGCGGUCCAGCAUGCUCACCACAAAGGCAGCCCUAAUCGAAAUGGAGUACCUCAACAAGCUCCGAAACUAGCUGACACUCCUCUCAUGCAACUGGCAAAUAUAUCUGCUGAAGCGAAUGGGCCACGUCCUCUAGACGAGCCCCUCUUGGAUCCCUUUCAUGAUACCAGCCUCGAUUUCAUGGGCCAGAUCUUUCCAUUUGAUGACAGCUACGUAUCUCCGUGGCCGAGUUAUGCGCCCCAUUAA